UAGUUACGCCCUGUUUUCGCUAGCGCUUCAUUUCUCCAACGCGGCGCCGAGCCAAUCGAUUGGUUGCUCUCCGGAUCUUCGUUGUCCUCGCAUAUACGCGUUACAUAUGUGCUCUCUGUCGAGACUCUAGGGUGUAUUUGCUUUAUUCGUGUCCGGUCUGUGCGCUUGAGGCCGUUGGUGAAGUUGUUGAGGGUGUGUUUUUUUGGGCUUUUUUUCCUCGUCUGCGGAGUCUGAGGCUCCGGUUGGUUUCAGGUGAUGGUGGCCCUUGUUUAGGGUAAGAGAAUUGUAGUCGAGAGGAUUUCGUGUGUGUGCCAAGAGGUUGAGUGACAGACGGAGGCGGCUAAGGAGCGAUGGCGAAUUCAAAGAACAAGGACAUUUUCGAGGCGCGGAAGCAUUUGCCGAACGUUUGGCAUUCCCAGCUUAUGCGUACGCCCGUGGAUGCCCCGGCUUAUUGUUGCUAUGCAAUGUGGUGCCCAUGCCUCGUAGCUUACCAGCAACGAGAACGUGUGCUCUACGGUGACUGGUCGCGAUACCAGUGCUGUGGAGGAGGCAUGCCCUGCAGCGGCUCUUGUGGAGAAUCGAAAUGUCCGCAGUUCUGCGCCUGUGUGGAGGUUACCUUGUGCUUUACCAUGGCUGUGUCAGCGACACGGUUCAUGUUGCAGGAUGCGCUCCAGAUCCAGAACACGAAAUGCGAUAACUGCAUCAUUGCUACUAUGUUUAUCGCACAGUACCUUAGCUGCAUUUGCUGGAUCGUUGCUAUGUUUACCGAUAUCCCCUUCCUUGAUGACGCUGCCGUCGUCACCGACCGCAUCGCCGACAUAGCUUAUUGCACCGUGUGUGCUUGCAUUCAGACGCAGCACAAGAUGGAGAUGGACAAGAGAGAUGGACUAAUUCAACCUCGUAUGGUUGUUCCUCCUCCUCAACAAGAGAUGUCUAGGUAUUAAAUUUGUUUUCGCAUAUGAGGCGAGCAGCACCGACAAGCAUCGCUCCGGAAGUCCCAAUCUCGUCAUCAGGAUACUAUCAUUGCUACUCACCGAUCCGCAGCCCGAGUGGCUUCUCACAUCUGUAGUCGUUAUGUCGGUUAAUGGAUUUUUUGGUGGCAAGCUCAUCCCAUAAGAUGUUCCAUAUAUCUGAUCUGUUGUUUUCAAAUGCAGAAGGUUUCAUCGCAUUCCACGUUAUUUGAGUAGGCCGAUAGUGGCAACGUGUGAGGCUGGCAUUAUUGGCCACUUGGUGUGUGGAUAUCUUAGUUCGAUCUUCUUGUCGGUAGCGGGCAUAUGCCUGUAUGUAUUAAAAUAAUCGGUUCAUAGAUGUAACCAGAAGCAAAUUUUAUAGAAGUUUUUUUCUCUCUA